GUCUGGUAGAAAACCACCAUCAGUGGCCAAAGCAAAUGUUUUCCUUCCGGAAGAAUUGAAAUUGUUUCUUGAUUCUUUUGCUCGUAGAAAACAAAAGACUACGAGAAAAUACCUCUGGACAAUCAAACAAGUUACCCAACAUUACCAUCAUCCCUCCUGGACUAGUUCAAAGGCCAUGACUUGAGAGCGAAUGUGAACAAAACACCUUGGUUUGUGUCAUGUCGUCUUCGACCAAAAGAGGAAAAGCAGCCUUGGUUGAGUUCGAUAACCAGACUAAAGAAAUUCGACAGUUGCUAAAUGAACAGCUCAAGGGGUUUGAUGCACGGACGGAAGGCAAAGUAUGGUUUCUUGCAGAUUUGCAGGAAUAUUACAAGAGACUGGCUGAGUUGGAGUCAGAGUAUGCUAAAAACGUAGAAAAACUUUCUGAAAGAUUCCUGGAUAGACUUGUUAAAUUCAAAGCUCAAAGGAAGGAAAGGUCAACAAAUAUUGAAUUAUGGAACAAAGUUUUGUCCGACACCAAGAACAGAGCAAAAGCAAGACAGGCUUUCAGCGAAAACUUGAAUAAUAAUAUUGUAAGCAGAUUUACUAUCAUGAGUGAAGACUAUCAACGAAUAUCAAAGAAGUGUCGAGAGGCUGGUCUGAUAUUACAAGAUGAACUGUGCAAAUCAAUAAAUGAACUUCAUAGGAAAUUACGUAAACACCACACAUUGUUUGGGGAAAGUAAGACGGCAGAAACUAAAUUAAAAAGUACAGAGCAAGCACUUCUGAAAUCUGAGGAAUCUGGAAGGAAAAAUGAAAAAAUGAACAAGCAAAAGGAGAAGCACCAGCUUAGAUAUUCUGAAAACAAGAGAAAGAGUAUCAAAGCCAAGAAUGAAUACAUACUUUCUUUACAAUCGACCAAUAAGUUUGUACAAACUUAUUUUAAUAAGUACCUAUCUGACCUUAUAGAUGGAUUUGAUUUUAAUUAUCACGACUCAUUUAAGAAUGCAAUAGAAGCUUAUGCUUCCUUGGAAUGUGUAUUUGCAUCGUCUACAAUUCAGUCCAUGGACUCGAUACGGGAAGUCAUGCUGUCAGUUGAUGCUGAAGUGGACAAGCAACAGUUUUUUGAAGACAAUCAGACAACGUUUUCUCUACCAUCUCAUACUUUCAAUUUCAUACCAAGUAAUGAUGAAGAGACCUGUCAGAUCUCUCCCCAGCAGUCUGAUGUGGUUGAUUUUCAUUGUGAUGUAUUUAAGAAUCUCAAGCAAAUAAAGGCAGAGACGGAUGAGAUUAACAAAACAGUAGAAGCCACAUCAGAUGCUCUUAAAAACAUGUAUAAGCAAUGGGACAGUGAGAUGAUGAAGAUAGCGAGUGGCAAGGUGGAUGCUAUGCUAGGAGYACAUAGCUGUCAAUCAAUUAAGAAUAGUAGCGAUGACCUGGAACUCUACUAUCUUUCUAAACUCAAGGAAAAUAUGUUGACUAGUAGUUUAAAGAUUCGAAUGGAAGCCCAGAAUGAUAUUCUGACAAGAGCUCUAGGUGAAGUAACAGAAGAUACUGUUGGCAAAAGACGAACUGCCUACCAUAAACAGCUUCCUGUUGACACCAAUUCACCUCAAGCUGCAGCUAUUUUAGAUUCUGUUCAAAAGAAAACCAAGAUAUUUGGCUGCAAUUUGAGUGAAUAUCUCAAGAUAACUGGAAGACAAAUCCCAGAAGUUGUAGAAAGUUGUGUACGAUUUAUUAAAAAAUUUGGUCUAGAUCAUCCAGGUAUCUUUAGGUUGUCUGGCUCUUCUACUGAUAUCAAUGAUAUGAAGCAACUCUUUGAAUGUGGUCGUGAUCCUCUAGCUGGUUUAAAUCACUGGAAAGAUAUCAAUGCUGUAGCCGGUCUUUUAAGAGUUUACUUCCGUGAAUUAGAAGAUUCGUUGUUUCCCAAGUCGCACUACCAGCAGUUCCUUGAAGCUUGCAUGGGUCAGUCAUCAGAGGAGGAGCUAAUCAAACGUGUAUCUAAUGUCAUCAACACGCUUCCUGAAGAGAUUCUAAAUGUCAUGAAGUAUAUGUUCAGAUUCCUCGCAUUAGUGUCGGAGCACAGUGAAAAUAACAAGAUGGAUGCGCAUAACUUAGCAGUGGUAUUCGGUCCCACGCUUCUGAGAAUUCCGUCAGAACAAGAUAUGAUUGCGUAUCAGAGUCACGUGAAUGGAAUGUUAGAAGUUAUAAUAAAACACUCCGAUGACGUCUUCCCUGGGGAAUUUGAAAAUGAUGCAAGAGGACACUCGGAGACUGAAGAGAGUGACAGCGAUGAAGAUUUUGAGCCCAGAGACGCUGCAGCCCUCUACGACUACUCUGCAAGGUCACCCAAGGAGUUAUCCUUCAAGAAGGGUGACAUCAUAAGAGUAUUCAAGCGAUUCAAUGAUGAUUGGUGGGAUGGCACUCUCAAUGGUUCCGACGGUUUUGUUCCCGCCACGUAUAUCAAAAUCAACGAUGCAGAAACGCCUGAUAAUGAUGCUUGCAUAUCUCCCACUGAUACGCUACCCAAAUCAUCAUCAGUGAUAUCGUCAGGAGAUGCUACCUUACAGCGACCGAAGGACUUAAAUGGACCCCCAAAGAUACCCAAACGAGAGGGGUCCCUGAAAAUCCGCCAUGGGGGACCAGUAUAUGGUGAUCGGGGUAGCCCUAUUGGACCUUCCCCUGCUCCACCUCCGCUAGAAACUCGUUCCUCGCCGCAGACGUCUACUCCUCCUCAAAUGAAACAAGGUUUCAGGAUGGCUAUUUCAGCUGAUGAUAUUCUGAAUCGGCAAAAAAAUCUGCGCUCCCGACCCAAGGAUGAUCCUAGUGUGGAGGUGCUAGCGGAAGGGACACCCAACGCAGAAACGCCCAAGUCUUCGACUUUACCUCGAAACCACGGCUCACCUCGAGCCUCUGCGGAAGACUUGAGCAGAUCUGCUGAUGAUCAAGACGAUGUUUUCAAGAAGGAUGAAAAAGACGAAAGUCUUCAGAAGAGAUCAAACUCCCUAGAUUUGGAACGAAUGGUGGACGAAUCAAAGCCUCCUAUUUGGCCUUUCAAGGAGGGGUCACCAGGUUCGGCAAAAUUUCCAGAUCCGCCCUCGAGUCCAAGGUCAUCGGUUGGACCCAAGAUUCCUCCUGCGGUGAAGCCCAAGCCUAAAGGAGGUCGGCCUAACCCUCCUUCUCGUGUUGAGUCAGGCUGUGAUCUUCUUGCUUCGAUACACGCCGCAAAGGCUGCGCGCACUCAUAGGACCAGUACUGAUGGAGCACCUGAUGAUAAGACGAGCGACAAAAGAGAUAGUCUGGGGUCUGUUGGCGAUGACACUCAGCUGUCGUAACACAGACCAACACAGCCAUUCACAGAAAUCCACUGGUUUCUAACAAGAAAUCCAUCGUCAUUUUAAGUUCAGACCGCUGUUCAUUGCUCGUGCUCCAUCGUUUCAUUUCACUGUUUGAUUUCAUGUUUUAUUUGAUGGUAGUUAGAUGGUAUCCAGUACGCAUGCGCGAAGAAUGCUUACUGAAUUGUAAAGUCUUGUAUUUCAGAGCCUAAGUUAAUUUUGGUCAGCAGAUGAACGAGAGACGUUGAGAGAAUUCAAAUGCAGUGCUUCUAACAUUUGAUUGGUUAAAACUAUCCAAUUACGUUUCAUUUAGCCUCGCUUCUUUUCCUGAUGAGAACGAAAAGAAAGGCAAAACUGCAGAUUAAAGCACGAGAAUGAAAAUAGGGAUAGCUCGUUGCAAGCGGUUAAUGUAGGAUAUGAACACUGAAAUUACGAUUUUUCGCUGCCGUCAAUCAAACCUAAUCAGUCGGUACCUUACAUAUUUUUGUCUGGCGGCAACGAAAAACCAAAUUCAGCGUGCAACUCGGAGACAAAGAGUUCGCAUGUUUAUGAAAAUUGCAGUAAGAAUUCACUAGAAUAUGAUAUAUUUAUGGUUACAUUUCUACGUCAUUACUCCAAUUAUUUCAUCUAUUUACAUUCCCACUAGUGCGCAUGAUCCUACUGAUCUCAUUGGUGCUGACCAAAUAACAUUGAAGGCUCUGAAGUCGUUAAUUAAUGAUUUCCAAGUAGAAUAUAAUACUAAGAAUCCUAAAAACAAAUUCAUUAUAUGAAAUAAGAAAGAUUACGGGACGUAAUCACGUGGAUGUGGGUCACGUGGCGUUAGUAGUGAACAUACGCUGCACAUUUUAUACCUAAAAAAAAGCUGAAGAAGUUUGAAUCAAAGUCCUUAUCCCUUCCAUAUUUGGUAUUAUUUUCAAACGUUUUCUUUAAAAUGCUGCUGGGUUUUUUCCUGGAAGAGAAAAAAAAWAAUAUUUACUCGUAGGUGCUAAUGUGCUUGGAAUAUAAAAACGUCUUGAAAAAUUUGCCGUUAUUAUCAAUAGAGAGUUUUAGAUUUACGUUCACGGCAAACGUGAAACGUCAGUUGACCAUUUAAAAAAUAUUUUAAAUAGCUUAAAAAGAAUCGCAAAAAAGUCCAAGUAGUAGAAAAACAAAAGAAUAUUUGUCUUUGGUGAGAAGGUUUGUAAAAGGUAAAGUAAAGUACAGGAAAACGAUGAAAACGUGGUCACGUUUGCCGUUUGCGGGGAGAAAAAAAGUUAAUCUAAAACUCUAAUAAUUUUUCGGCUUACCUCUAGCUUGUAGGACACCAUAUUUUGAACAAGACAUAUGAGAAAUAGACCUCUUUACCUUGGGGGUAAUGUUUUCCCAUUUCAGACAACGCGUCAUUCCCUAGAGUGUUAUUUCUUUGUUUAACGGUUGUGCAUAAGACACAUAAAUAUGGAUAAACUCAAACAAAUAAUUUCUUUUCCAAGAGAAUAACACGUAGUCUGAAGUGAGAAAACAUUACGCUCGAGGUAAAGAGGAAUACCAAUAUUCUAUUAAAACAAAAAUUUCGUUUUGAUAUAGACUGAGAUGUAGAUAAUAAGUAUUAAGUAAUGCGAUCCAAUAUCUUAAAAAAUAUAGUAUUUUCUUUACCAACAAACCAUGUUGAAUUUUUUAAAAAGUCACAACUACGAAACGUAAUUUGAUUUCUCAAUUAUUUCUUGUGAGAAAUUUUAUACUUAGGGGAAGUAGCUGUUCUUUGUCGCUUAGGAAGAAAUUAGAAAUCAGGCUCGUUUCUCCUGGUUAAAGUCUCAAUGAAAAGAUAGAAACUGCUUAGAAACUUUUUGGCUAUAUAUAUAUUGCUUGAGACUUCGAUCGAAAAUAAUUUUUAGAAUUUAAUUUGAAGUAUGUUAUAUGGUCAUUUUCUUCAAGUUAAGAUUAUUUUCUAGUAAAGUAAUAAAAAUAAGUUCUGUGUAAAAUAAUUGAUGAAUAAAGGGACAUGGUUUCGUAGAA